AUGGCGGGCGGCGUCAGCAUCACCAAGGAGUACAUCGCCUCCGUCUUCUCGCACCUCGCCAUCGUCGACGACGCCGCGGCGCGGGGCCGCUUUUUCGACUACAUCGUGCCGGACGUGACGUGGGCGAUUGCCGGCACGUCGCACUCGCUCGCGGGCACGCGGCACACGCUGCAGGCGCAUUCCGACGCCACGUUUGACCGCCUGGGCCGCAAGCUGGCGAGCCCCAUCAAGUUUACCGUCGGGCGCAUUAUUCUCGACGCCGAGCCGGAGCAGGACGGUAGCCGGUGGGCCAUGGUCGAGCUGCUGGGCGUCGCGCCGCGCAAGAACGGCGAGGAGUAUCGCAAUGACUAUAUCUGGAUGACGAGGUGGAACGAAGAGGGCAAGAUGGUGGAGCUCAAGAGCUACUUCGAUACGUACCUGUCGGAGCUGGUACUGAACGAGUAG